CCAGGUUGUGAAAUGAGGAGCUUUGACUGGUCACAACGAAUCAAAGACUCAGCCGAAUUUCGUGGACCGUUGCAUUGUCGAUCGACAGCUAAAGUCCGCGUCGCAUUGUUAAGCUGGCCAUCUUGCCAACUCCAAAGAGGCGCCGAACACCACCGAAACCAUGAAAACGCACUAUAAGAAGAUCGUCUGAGCAAACCGAAAAGAAAAAGCAUUCAGCAUACAGUUCUUUGUACAUCCAACAACGAUUCUACUCGAAAUGGCUUCUUACCUCAUCACUGGCUCGUCUAGGGGAAUUGGUCUUGGUUAUGUUACAGUCUUGGCCCGCAAAGACGUGUCAGAAGUCAGCAAAAUAUUUGCUGCUGCUCGCUCAGAGAGCGCCGCACUGAAGGAAUUGAUCGCUGAAUCUGCUGGACGCGUCGAAUUUGUCCCGCUUGAGGUGACAUCAGAGGAAAGUGCUAAGGAUGCAGCCAAGCAAGUUGAGCGUUCUCUGGGUGGUAAAGGCCUGGAUGUUCUUAUCAACAACGCUGGUAUUCCAAGCCACACCGACGGUGGCAUUCAAAACAUGACGGAUCUCACACAAGUGUUGAAUGUCAACGUGUUUGGAGUUCACAACGUCACCAGAGCCUUCUUACCGCUGCUCAAGAAGGGUCAGCUCAAGAAGAUUGCAAACAUUUCUUCGAGCCUCGGCUCCAUGGCCUUGUCUGCUAUGGGCAAGUUUCAGCCAACUCCUGCGUACAAGGUGUCUAAAGCUGCAGUAAAUAUGCUCACCGUACAAUGGGCGGAGUCGCUUGAGAGCAAUAGCUUUGUGGUGCUUGCUAUAUGCCCCGGCUGGGCGAAGACAGACAUGGGCACAGAUGCAGGCCAUUUGACUGCUGAAGAGAGUGCAACUGGUGGCCUCAAUGUUCUCCUUACCCGCACUGUAGCAGAUAGCGGCAAAUUCUUUGUCGUUGAUCUCCCUGGCAAGAAGAUUGAUGGGCAGGAGAUCUACAAUGGAUCUGUUCGCCCAUAUUAGAGUUAGUAACAUAGCGUAAAUUGAGCUAAAUCCAGAAGUCAUCUUUA